UUUUCCAUCUCAGCAGAGCCCGGCAGCAUCUAGCCUGGGCUAAAUAAACAGCAGACCCAGCGAGCUGCCCUCAGCAGGUGGUGCAGAAUGGAGCUGCGACCCUACCAGUGGGAGGUGAUCAUGCCUGCCCUGGAGGGCAAGAAUAUCAUCAUAUGGCUGCCCACGGGCGCUGGGAAGACCCGGGCAGCUGCUUAUGUGGCCAAGAGGCAUCUAGAAACUGUGGAUGGAGCCAAGGUGGUUGUGUUGGUCAACAGGGUGCACCUGGUGACCCAGCAUCGUGAGGAGUUUAGCCGCAUGCUGGGCAAACGCUGGACCAUUACAACCCUGAGCGGGGACAUGGGGCCACGAGCUGGCUUUGGCCACCUGGCCCGGAGCCAUGACCUGCUCAUCUGCACGGCUGAGCUGCUGCAUAUGGCACUGACAAGCCCCGAGGAGGAGGAGCACGUGGAGCUCAAUGCCUUCUCCCUGCUCGUGGUGGACGAGUGUCACCACACGCACAAAGACACUGUCUACAACAUCAUCCUGAGCCGGUACCUAGAGCAGAAACUCCAGAGGACACGGCCCCUGCCCCAGGUGCUGGGUCUUACAGCCUCACCGGGCACUGGUGGGGCCUCCAAGCUCAAAGGGGCCAUUGAUCACAUCCUGCAGCUCUGUGCCAACCUGGACACGUGGUGCAUCAUGUCACCCCAUAACCACCGCCCCCAGCUGCAGGAGCUCAGCCCCCAGCACUGCAAACAGUACGAUCUCUGCCAAAGGCGCAGCCAGGACCCGUUUGCAGACAAGCUGAAGAAUCUCAUGGACCAAGUCCACAACCAGCUGGAGAUGCCCGAGUUGAGCCGGGACUUCGGGACGCAGGUGUAUGAGCAGCAGGUGGUGGAGCUGAGCCAGACUGCGGCGGAGGCAGGGCUCCAGCAGCGGCGGGUGUACGCGCUUCACCUGCGGCGCUACAACGACGCGCUGCUCAUCCAUGACACGGUCCGCGCCGUGGACGCCCUGGCCACGCUACAGGAUUUCUACGACCGAGAGCGCGCCACUAAGACGCAGGUCCUGCGUGCCGAGCGCUGGCUGCUGGCGCUGUUCGAUGGCCACAAGAAUGAGCUGGCCCGCCUGGCGACUCAUGGCCCAGAGAACCCCAAACUGGAGGUGCUGGAACAGAUCCUUCGGAAGCAAUUCGGGAGCUCCGAGAGCCCCCGGGGCAUCAUCUUCACCCGAACCCGCCAGAGCACUCACUCCCUCCUGCUCUGGCUCCAGCACCAGCCUGGCCUACAAACAGUGGACAUCAGGGCCCAGCUGCUGACCGGGGCUGGGAACAGCAGCCAGAGCACCCAUAUGACCCAGAGGGAACAGCAAGAAGUGAUCCAGAAAUUCCGGGUUGGCACCCUGAACCUCCUGGUGGCCACGAGUGUGGCGGAGGAGGGCCUGGACAUCCCCCAGUGUAACGUGGUGGUGCGCUAUGGGCUCCUGACCAAUGAGAUCUCCAUGGUCCAGGCAAGGGGCCGUGCCCGGGCUGGUCAGAGUGUGUACUCGUUUGUGGCAACUGAGAACAGUCGGGAGCUGCGGCGGGAGCUGACCAACGAGGCACUGGAGGCUCUGAUGGAAAAGGCAGUGGCUGCUGUGCAGGAGAUGGACCAGGCCGAGUACCAGGCCAAGAUCCGGGAUCUGCAGCGGGCAGCUGUGGUCAAGCGGGCAGCCCGGGCAGCCCAGCAGGAGAGUCGGCGGCAGCAGUUCCUGGCGGACCAGGUGCAGCUCCUCUGCAUCAACUGCAUGGUGGCCGUGGGCCAUGGGAGUGACCUGCGGAAGGUGGAGGGCACCCACCACGUCAACGUGAACCCCAACUUCUCGAUCUACUACAAAGUCUCCCAGCAGCCAGUGGUCAUCGACAGAGCCUUCAAGGACUGGAGGCCUGGGGGCGCCAUCAGCUGCAGGAACUGUGGGGAGGCCUGGGGUAUGCAGAUAAUCUACAAGUCAGUCAAGCUGCCGGUCAUCAAAGUCUGCAGCAUGCUGCUGGAGACCCCGCAAGGGCGGGUCCGGGCCAAGAAGUGGUCCCGCGUGCCCUUCCCCGUGCCUGACUUCGACUACCUGCAGCACUGUGCCCAGAGCCUGUCGGACCUCUCCCUGGACUGACCACCUUGUCGCUGCAGUGCCCGGCUCAGGCUGCAGGGGGCAGGAGAAUCCGCAGCAGCCACCAUCUUCCCCUGGGCAAAGCCUGGGUCCCGGCCCCUCCUGCCUGAGUCACCAGCUCAGGGCACUGUGCUGACCAGCCACAGAGGAACCCCAGGAGCCCAGGCUGGCUCAGACUGCCACACUGAGGAAGCUGCUGGAGGGCCAUAGCUCAUCCCCAGACCCCACUCACACCACACAGACACUUGCAUACACACUGGAUGGAGGGGAAACUGAGGCAGGACAAUGGCCACACUGUACUAGGAAUCAACACAGCUUCUCUUGGCCCCUCAACAUUCCUUCCCUGCCAAGGCUACUUCUGUUUUUUGAGGCUCCCCAUAAAAGUAAAGAAAUGGAAUAUUGGUGUAGAAAAUGUGUGGUAUUUUAAAACAGAUUUGUUGAGGUAUAAUUGACAUCAAAUAAACUGUACAUA